AUGGCCCACACAGGAGGACAGUCGCAAGGCAGAGGGUAUGGCGGUGCGUUGGGGGCGGCGAGGCGGCCGUGCGCAGUUGGGUUUGCGGCCCUCUGCUGCGCCGUCGUGCCUUGCUGUUGUCUCUCUUCUUCUUGUGCUGCUGCUGCUGCUCGUUUUUCCAUGUGCCGGUGCCAGGUCCGCAGUUUCCAGGGCGUCGUUAAACUUGUGGCUUUUCGCUUCAAUGAUCCUUCACUUGAUAAUUUUUCUGGGAGCAUCGUCGCCGGGUUGAAUGCUUCGUUGCACUCGCGGAAGUUCACUGCGGCGGACGGUGUGCGUGCGGAGAUUGCCUACAAAAGCGCAACAUUCACCACUUACCCAUCUGAACUCUCUGCGGCGUUGAAGGACAGGCGUACCCACGCCGUCGUUGGCCACUGCGGUGACAAACUGUUGGAGAGUGUAAAGGACGUUCUUGCAUGA